AUGGCGGCGAUAACGAGGAACCAAUCCCGUGGGCAGCUGCUGCAUUUCAUUGUGUUUCCCAUGAUGGCGCAAAGCCAUAUGCUCCCCGUGAUCGAUGUUGCCAGGAUGCUAGCACGCUGUGACGGCGUCAUGGUUACCAUCCUCACCACCCCCGUCAACGCCGACCGCUUCCGCUCCAUGCUCCACCGCGACCGCCAACGCGGCUUCGACAUCCGGGAGCUGGAGCUCCGGUUUCCCUGCAAAGAAGCCGGGUUGCCGGAAGGCUGCGAGAACGCCGACUUGGUCCCCAAAGGGAAAAACCUCGACAUGAACUUUCUCGCCGCCGUCGGCAUGCUGCGCCCCCAGGUGGAGGAGGCGAUGAAGCGGUGCGAGCCGCCGGCGAGCUGCAUAGUCUCCGACAUGCUGCUGACGUGGACCGCGGAGAUCGCGGAGGGGCUUAACAUCCCCAGGAUUGUGUUCAACGUCUCGUCUUGUUUCUCCUACUGCUGCGCUAACAAAAUAACGGAUUCCGGGAUUCUCGGGGGAGUGAAAUCCGAAACGGAGAUGUUCACUGUCCCCGACGUACCGCACAACGUACAAGUUUGCAAAGCACAGGUCAAAGGCGUCGCGUUUGACCCCACUGUUUUGAACAGCGAUAUCGCGAAACUGGUGGCGGAAAAGCUCCGGCAGACGGUGAACGCCGCGUACGGCGCCAUUGUCAAUAGCUUCGAUGAACUGGAGCCGGAUUAUGUUGAGAUGUACGGAGGGAGAGUGUGGUGCGUGGGCCCCGUGUGGUUAUGCAAUCAAGAACACGAAGACCAGGCGCUGAGAGGUAGUGCCACGUCGGCAGCAGCCGACAAGAAGAAUGAUGACGACGUAGUGAUGAAGUGGCUGGACUUGCAGGAGGCAGGAUCGACGAUAUAUGUUAGCCUGGGAAGUUUCGCUAGGCUCACGCCACGUCAGAUGACGGAACUGGCUGUAGGUUUGGAGUCUUCGAAACGGCCGUUUAUUUGGGUGUUGGGGAAGAAAGACAUGCAUCUUGAUGCGUUUGAGGAUUGGAACGUGAGCACCGGGUUCGAGGAAAGGAACAAAGGGAGAGGGGUGCUGAUCCGGGAGUGGGCCCCGCAGUUGCUCAUCCUGCAGCACCCCUCGGUCGGAGGAUUCUUGACACACUGCGGGUGGAAUUCGGUAAUGGAAGCCGUCUCUUUCGGGGUGCCAAUGCUGACAUGGCCACUGUUUGCUGAACAGUUUUUGAACGAGAAGCUGGUGGUGGAAGUGCUCGGAAUUGGGGUGAGCCUAGGGGUGAAUGUGCCGGUUAAUUGGGAUGGGAGUGAAGACAAGGAGAACAUAGUAGUGGCGAAGUAUGAGGAGAUCAAGGAAGGCAUAGAUAAGCUAAUGGAUAAAGAAGCAGGGAAGGAGAGGAGGAGGAAAGUGAAAGAGUUGGGAGAAAAGGCUAAGAAGGCAGUCCAAAAAGGUGGUUCUUCUCAUUGCAACUUGAUGGCUUUAAUUCAAGCAGUUUCCGCGUUUGGCGCUACAAAGAUAUGA